AUGGAAAAAGCACUUGCCAUAACUAACGUGGUCUUUGGAGUUGUUACCUUUUGUUUCCACGAUCCUGAAUCGGCUACUUUAGGCAUUUGCGGAGGAAUUUACCUGAUGGUGUUUGGCCUUCUUCUCAUUAGUUCAAAGUUGAAAAAUAAAGUCAUUAUCAUAGGACUGGGAGUAAAAGCAACGUUCAUUGGUAUCGCAUUAAUCAGCCUUUAUACCAAGAGUUUCGACAGCUAUCAAGGAUUACUCGACAAUUGUCAAUUAAUAGCUACUGUUAUUUAUGGAUUAAAACAAUGUGAUAGAAUUGCCUGGGAUCCAAUCAUGGCCGUUCUCGGCCUUCUAAUUAUCGUUGUCAACUCAUUCUUGGCCGUGAUUACUUAUAUCUCAAAGAGUAAUUCAAAUUCAAAGACAAUCGUUGGAUUGGAUUGAAAAUUUAAAAAUGUUAGUGUUGGAAAAAACAAAUUCUUUUUAGGUUGCAAUUCUAAUAUUUCUCUUGAUUUGAUUAUUACACGUUCUGAUUUCCUAA